GGGUCCACUCGGGACCAGGGAGCGGUGAGGGGCUGCCCGCUUUCCCUUCCCCAGGAACAACCAGCUCCCUGCAGACAGCCGGGCCUGAGCCCUUCCUCUGCUACAGAUGAACUCUUGGCUCCCUCGCCUCCGUCUGAUCCUGCUUCUCUGGAGCCAGCUACCUGUGCUCUGGGGCCACGAGUUCCGCUUUGGGCCCUGCCGAGUGGAGGGAGUGGCUCUCCCGGGCCUGUGGGAGGCCUUCCGGACUGUGAAGGAUGCUGUGCAAGUGCAGGACAACAACACGAGUAUCCGGCUGCUGCGGUGCGAGGUCCUGCAGAACGUCUCGGACUCUGAGAGCUGCCACCUCGUCCACGACCUGCUGAAGUUCUACCUGAACACUGUGUUUAAACACUACUACCCCAAAAUUGCCGAAUCCAACACGCAGCCCUCCUUCUCUACCCUGGCCAACAACUUUGUUUUCAUCGUGUCAAAACUUCAAUCCAGUCAGGCGGGUGAGAUGCCCCCUGACAAAGACAGAGCGCGCAGGCGGUUCCUGCUGUUCAAGAGGGCGUUCAAACAGCUGGAGAUCCAAGCGGCUCUGACCAAAGCCUUUGGGGAAGUGGACAUUCUCCUCACCUGGAUGGGGAAAUUCUACCAGCUGUGA